CUGACACUGACAUUUAAGUAGGCCACCAUCUUGUUAAUGGCGUAGAAUAGUCUCAAGUCCAAACGGAUAUCGUAUUUUAUAUCUAAUUUUUCCAGGAUAUGCCAUUGUUGGUUGGACGAUAACAAACUCGAUCAAGAUGAAUAAAGGGGACUCGCCACAGUUUAGUGAUAAAGAUGAGGAAAUCCAAUAUUGGAAGAGCCUAGCAGAGGAAUAUCUUCAAGAUGCUGAACGGAUACAAAAAGAAUCUGAUGAGUUUAUAACAGAAUCUCAGCAACUAGAUAAGGAAUACGAAGCUACAAUCGACCAGAACGAGAAAAAAAUCAAAGAACUGACGUUAGCUAAUAAUAGAGCUCAAAAUGAAAUAGAUUCACUAAGAGUAAAAUUGGAUCAGUGCAAUAAAGAGAACGUCAAUUUGGAGACUGAAAUAUUAGAGUUAAAAAAAGAAAAAACUCAAAUGGCCCAGUACAUUCGUGAUUUAGAACAGAAGAAUGAUGACUUGGAGAGAUCACGCCGGAUAAUUGAAGAAAGUAUCGCCGGAAUUGAAACGGCUUUUCAUUCGGCUAUUGAGAGGAAUGCCAUCCUGGAGUCUGAGGUGGACGAAAAAGAGAGCCUGAAGGAAAAAUUGCAACGGUUAGCUGAUGAAACAAGAGAUUUGAAGCAAGAACUGCUGGUCCGGGAGAAGGAGAAAGGGCCAGACAACGAACGAAUUAUGAACGGAUUUAAGAAUCCUAUAGUGGACUCGAACCGACUCAAGGAGAACGAGACACAAACAACACCGAUGAAACAUGAUUUCCAAACUCCGAUUUCGCCAGCCUCCAGGGUCAUGGCCUUAAAUAUAGUCAGCGACCUGAUCAGGAAAGUCGGAGGCUUAGAACGUAGGCUAGAAAAAUCGAGAUACGACUACAGAGAUAUUUCAACAAACGAUCUACGCAAAAGCAGGCACACGCCCAAGAACAGCCCCGUGCCCAACAUCCAGGGCAUAACUAAAUGAGACUUACUAACAACUAGACACUUCUCAGUAACAGCACUCACUUAAACAUACUAACGUUGCGUGAAAGAAUUAUGCAUUAGGCCAACUGGCUUACCACAUUCAGUAUUACAAUAGGAAAUUGUGGAAAAUUACUUAUUUAGUUAAUAAAGUACUUUACUAGUAUCGCGGAAUUACAUAUUUCAGUUGACAGCAGAGAAAUAGACUCGGAAAAUUUGUACAAAAUGUUUCGUCCGUUACCGGUUAGUGUUCAUACUAUAGGUUUAAAAGUUAUGUGAAUAAUGUGGCUUUAUUGUUUAGGUAAUGGUAAAAAGUGAAAUUUACGUACAAGGUGUUCGAAAAGUUUGGAACUCCCUCUAUCUCAGAAAAUACUGCUCAAACAAAAAAUUUAUUAGGACAAACCUUGACCAUGACCUUGAAGGUC